AAAAUUUUCCCGGCGCAUCCACCAAUUUUGUUGAUAUGGGUCGAUGGUCUCCCAGCAACGUGUCCGCGUCCACAACCGCAAAAUUUCCAAGUUCAAACAAUGUGAUAUUUUAUUUGCCCCCAUUGGGAAGAAUGUCCAGGAAAGCUUUUCAAGUCCAAGUGGAGCUCGACGUGCAAGCCGUGACAUGUCCAGGUGUUUGGUUGUGUUCCAACGGCAAAGUGUCUCUCCAAAUCUACAUGCUAGACUCCUGCGUCCAAACUGCCAGGUACAAGCCCAUCUUCCCCGUCCAGUGCAACGAAACGUUCGUCUUCUACAAGACAUUUCUCGCCAAACACCAGCUGCACGAGCUCCAGAAGGAACUACACGACCACUGGCUCUACAUCGAACUGGUCCAGUGGCAGAGCUGCGAGCUCGGUAACGUCCUGGCCUCGUUUCAGACCACGUUAGACGAGCUGUUAUUCCCGUCGACAGUUAACGGAUCGAUUGCCGGCGUGGAUUUGGAUUUGCUAAUGGAGCCCACGAAAACAUUUCCGGGAACAAUAGCGCCGAAAGUUGAAGUUAGCACCAAAACUACGAUCGAGGAAACUUUGUGUGUUUGCACGAAACCGACCCCGAGUACGGUUGUAGUGAACCCGAAAGUCAUAACUUCGACUCAGAGGAGGACCAAGAAAAAUGUGUGCAGGAGGGUCUGCCAUUCCGUUUCGUACAGCAGGAAGAAACGGCCGUUUAAAUGCGCUAAAGGCCGGCCUCCGUUCUGCUACCGCAAGGCUGAGGACGAUUUAAUCCUGCGGAAGCCGAAUUACGAAACGGAAGAUAAAUGCACUUGUAGGGAAUCGAAAAGUGUGGAAAGGUGCAAACGCAUCAGUGCUGCAAGAAUCGAAAAACCAGAACUGGUCAGCAAACAGUCAAAAGACUGCCCUUGUGUGUCAAAAAAGUGUCCAGUCUGUUCCCAAUACAAGGGUUAUUUUGACACGGAAGAGCAGGAAAAAGCGGACUCUCCGCCUCAAGCACGAACCAACUUAUUUGAUGCCAAUCGAUUGUGUUCAAAGCACAGCAAAAAUGUGCAAUGUCGUUGUUGUCGCGCAAAAGCUUGGGCCACAAGUGAAGAAGUUGAAACAUCUGAUGAUGAGAGGCAAAAAAUGUGCUUGUGUUUCGAACAGAAACCGAGUUUGGCGGCUAAAUUGCACGCCAAACUCGCCAAAACGCUUAGUUCCAUUCCGAGGUCGAUUGAGUGGUCGUGUUAUGACAACGAAUACGAAUGUCGGUGUUGCGAAAGCCCGGAUUCGUCAUCCAGAGCCGAACUUUACCGAGAUUUGCAAAAAUUUUACGGGGAAUUGUACGAAAAGAGUCGAAGUAGUGCCUUAUGUCUACCUAACUGUCCCGGAACUAAAUGAGGUGUUUGGUCUCCUAUCGGAGUUUUAGUCAAAACUAGAAUAAUACUUGAAAAGCAA